AUGGCUGAAAACAAAAUAGAAGAAUCAAAGAAUGAGAUGACAUUGGACUUGAGUUGGAAGCAAAUAGAUCCCAAUCUAAUAUUUAGAGAUAACUACUAUGAAAAUAAUGAUAUCAAGGAUAUUUCAGGGCAUGAGCAACAACUUACUUUGACUAGAGCUAGAUGCGUUAACCCAACUUUAGUUAAUUCGUUUUUAAACAUACUGAGACACAAGAGCGAUGACAUUAUAAGACAGCGUUUAAAUGAUUAUGAAAAAAUUGUAAAUACAGGUAAGUCUGGUAGUUCUGAAAUCAGUAAGCUAGGGAAAUGUGGAUACUUUUUAGAGAAAGAACUAUAUCCAAACUGGGAAGUAAGGAGACAGGCAAUACAAUUUUGUGAAAAUGAAUCGAUCAAGAUGGAGAAAGAAUUAGAAAAUAGUAGUAAAAAUUCUGAUGUGAGUAGUAAGUCAGUUGUAGAGGCGAGGUUAGAUCCGUAUGCAUCUCGUGAUCGUCAAGCUGAAGAGAAUUCACGAUAUAAUGAAUUGAAUUCUGUCAAAUUAUGGAUUAAAAAUAAUAAAAAAAUCGAGAGCAUUCUGAAGAAUACUGCAAACGAAAUUCUAAGGCAAAGAUGUGACCAGAAUACCGACUAUAUUAACAAAUUUUGGACAUUUUCGAAUAACCAGCAUUGA